UAGUAUAAACCUACGAGUGACCCGUGCCUCGUGCUGCAGAGGAAGGCGAUCUUUGACAACUGUCAUUAAAGGGGCUUUUCCAGCUCAGCGGUGCCCCAGAAUGUAUUGCCCUUUCUCCGCUCACAUCUUGGAGAAGUCCCAGAAUGCAUGAGAUUUGAAGACACCUGCUGGUUCAGCAGAGCUGCUAGAUCUACUAAAAUACCAGGAAGAAUAAGUAAAGUAGCCUCAUUAGAAAUUUUCAGAAGUAAACAUCCAGAGCCACCUUAAAAAAGCAACAUGAACGAAACUAAGAAACCAGCUGCAACUGAGAAAUUCUGCUGUAUUUCCAAGCUUAAGGUAUUUCUGCUGGCAUCAUCACUUGCAUAUCUAGCUAAAACUAUGUCUGGGGCUUACAUGAAUAGCAUGCUCACACAGAUAGAGAGAAGAUUUAAUAUUCCAGCCUCUCUGGUGGGCAUUAUUAAUGGAAGCUUUGAAAUUGGAAACUUGUUGGUGAUAGCAUUUGUGAGUUACUUUGGUGCAAAACUUCAUAGACCAAGAAUAAUUGCUUUGGGGUGCACAGUUAUGUCUUUUGCCUGUCUUUUGAUAUCACUGCCUCACUUUCUCAUGGAACGCUAUCAGUAUGAAACUGCCCUUUCACCAUUAGAGAAUUCUUCAUCAAGCAUGUCCAUGUGUCUCAUAAAUCAAAGCCAGUCCUCCACACAUAUGGAGAAACAACCAGCAGAGUGCGAACAAAAGUCUGGGUCCUUGAUGUGGGUGUUUGUGUUGGUAGGAAACAUAAUACGGGGCAUUGGUGAAACUCCCAUCAUGCCAUUAGUCAUUUCAUAUGUGGAGGAUUUUUCCAAAGCAGAAAAUUCACCUUUUUACAUAGGGUGCCUACAGGUAGCAACUGUGAUAGGUCCUUUUCUUGGUUUCAUGUUGGGAUCAUAUUGUGCACAGCUAUAUGUGGAUGUGGGAUUCACAGAUAUAGAAGAGGUGACUAUAACACUUACUGAUGCCCGUUGGGUUGGAGCAUGGUGGCUGGGCAUUCUGAUUUGUGGAUCAGUAAAUCUGCUCGCUGGAAUACCUUUUUGUUUUCUGCCCAAAUCCCUUCCAAAGGAGGGACAAGCAAACGAGACUGAGUUAUUAAAUAUGAGAAAUGCAUCACUGCUACAAGAGAGAGGUGCCAGACGGAAAAUGCGUGAAAUCACUAAAGAUUUCAUCCCAUUCCUCAGGAGUCUGUUUCACAACCCAGUUUAUAUGUUGUUUAUAUGCAUAACUGUGAUGCAGUUCAGUGCUUUCAUUGGUAUGAUAACCUUCAUGCCAAAAUAUUUGGAACAACAGUAUGGGAAAUCUGCAUCACAGGCCAUCUUUUUAAUAGCUGUUUACAACUUACCAGUUAUAUGCAUUGGAUAUUUUCUUGGAGGCUUUCUAAUGAAGAAAUUCAAGAUAAGUACCAUUCAAGCUGCCAACAUAGCCUUUUGGAUCUCUUUAACUGAAUACCUAAUCUACUUUGCUGCUUAUUUCACGGUCUGCGACAAUUCUCCAGUUGCCGGUCUAACAGUCUCCUAUGAAGGAAUAGAACAGGUCUCAUACAUGGAAAUAACCCUACUUGAUGACUGCAACAGGGAUUGUGAUUGCUCAAUUAAAGUGUGGGACCCUGUUUGUGGGGAGAACGGAAUAACGUAUGUUUCACCUUGUCUUGCUGGUUGUAGAGCUUCAGAUGGAACAAGAAAAUAUACAGUAUUUGAAAAUUGCACCUGUGUUGCAGCUUCUGGAUUUUCAUCUGGAAAUGUCUCUGCGGUUCUGGGCCAGUGUGACAAAGAAGCAAACUGUGACAUGAUGCUUCAGUACUUUUUAAUAUUAUCCAUAGUCUGCAGCUUCAUUUAUUCCUUAGGAGCCAUGCCUGGCUAUAUGGUUUUAAUAAGGUCUCUAAAGCCUGAAGAAAAGUCAUUUGGUGUGGGUAUCCAUACACUUGCUUCAAGAGUAUUUGCUGGAAUUCCAUCUCCCAUUUAUUUUGGAGCUUUGAUAGACUCAACAUGUUUGAAAUGGGGAACUCUGAGUUGUGGUGGUGAAGGAGCAUGUAGGAUGUAUGAUACUGUCACAUACAGAUGGUACUACCUGGGACUGCCAGCGAUAUUACGUGGAGUGUCCUACAUCCCAUGUGUGCUAAUUCUCGUCAUUUUAAAGAAACAACUUAAAUCUUCUGACGGAAAGACCUUAAAUAGAUCCCCAAUGGCAAUGGAGAACAUAGUAGAGCAAAAUGGCUGAACAGAGAAGCAUUCAAGCUCAGACUUUUGCAGGGCACAUCAUGAGACAGCCUCAGAGUGUAAACUUGAACAUAUCUUUACUAAUGAUUGGUGACUGAAACUAGUGAACACUUGGACUGAGACUAAUAUAAUUACACAUAGAUAGUUCUCAGUUCCCUUCUUAAAAAUAUCAUAUAGAAGACAGUAGACAGGAAAAAAGUGUGUGAAUGGUAUAAAAGAACUGAAACUCUCAAUAUUAUAAUAACAUAGGAAAUGUCAGAGGCUAGUGAUCUGAGGAUAGUACUGUGAAUCAAAAAUAGCUUAGGUGAAAUCCUGCCUCCAUUGAAGUAGUGGAACUUUUGCCAUGGAGUUCAAUAGGGCCAGGAUUUCAUCCUUGAAUUCUACAUCCAAUUCCGUCACAACCUCACUUUGUGAUCUUAGGCAAGUCAUUUAACUCUCUGUGCCUCAUUUUCCCAAGAUGCAGGUAAUAUUUAUCCUGUUGUGAGGUGUCACAGCCAUGGUCAAGUUCCCCUUGCUGGACACUCACAGCUUGCUGGUUUUGGAUGCCAGCACUGGACCUGUGUACUUCUGGCUUGCUGAGUUCAAGCAGAAUCCAGGCAAUGCCUCUGGUUUUGGGUCUCUAGGUAGACGCUCAGAGUACAGAUCCUGCAUUUAGCACUCAUUUCUGAGAGCUGGGACUUUGCAGCCAACUGCUUAGGUCUUGAGACUAAUGCCAGCUCCCCAUAGGCGGCAGGUUUGUAUAAUUUUUGGUGGGGCCCAAAAUGGUGGUGCCCCCCCGCUCCCGCCCUGUAAGCCGAUAUAAAAUGAAGCUAUAACGUGUCAGUGCCACAAGAUUACAAGGGUCAA